GCUGCCUUCUCUUCUGACAAGACUAAGCUGCUAUGUUCAUUUGGUUUAAUUGCACUUGUCUUGCUUUUGCAAUUGAAUAUGUCAAGAUCACAAAAGGUCACGGCCAUGUAUGUGUUUGGUGACUCUCAAGUAGAUGUGGGGAACAACGAUUAUUUUCAGACCAUCUUCAGGGCUAAUUUUCCUUUCAAUGGCAUUGAUUACCCUGGUGGCAAACCAACUGGAAGAUUCAGUAAUGGGAAAAAUGCUGCUGAUUUUCUUGCUGAAAACGUUGGUUUACCAACACCUCCACCGUAUCUAUCGAACAAGGAUGGCCUCUUUAUGGAAGGUGUAAGCUUUGCCUCGGGAGGAGCUGGAAUUUUAAACAGCACCAAUGGAACUCCUUUUAAUGGGACGAUUCACCUCUCAAAACAGGUAGAGUACUUCUCCGAGUUGCAACAAAGGUUGAUCCAAAAGAUAGGAUACAAUGCAGCACAAAUGCAUUUGUCAAGUUCUCUAUUUCCGAUUGUUAUCGGAAGCAAUGACCUAUUGAACUACUUCACAUUCAAACUCCCUAUGACCAAGCCACCACAAGAGUACAUCGAUUUAAUGCUAUCCACCUUUUUGACCCAGCUAAGGCAAUUACAAGGUCUAGGUGCACGUAAAUUUCUGAUUUUUGGGUUAGCACCCGUAGGGUGCACUCCAGCGCAAAGACUUCUGAACACUACUGAGGUUGAUAAAUGCAAUGACGAGGCCAAUUAUUGGGCAACGAUUUAUAAUCAAGGUCUACAAUCGAUGUUGAGAAAAUUGAAGUCACAGCUGCAGGAGCAUUUCAACUACACCUACUUGAACACCUACGAUUUCUUGGUCAACCUCAUCCAGAAUCCAACAAAAUACGGUUUUCGUGAGGUUAAAGCAGCUUGUUGCGGGAAAGGGAGAUUAAGUGCUGAUGUUCCUUGCCUUCCUAUUUCAAUAUAUUGUCCCAACAGGAAUGAUCACGUUUUCUGGGAUAGAGUUCAUCCUACAGAGGCAGUAGCAAAGAUUCUUAUUAAUACUCUUUUCAAUAAUACAAAACAGUAUGUAACCUCAAUGGAUUUACCCAAAUUAAUUGCUUUGUGAAAGUAAGACUAGAAUAGGUCAAUCUACAUAGUUAUACAA